UUUAAUCGUUAUCAUGUGUCCAUUCGUCUAAAAAUAGGAUUGUUGGAAAAUAACAUCACAUGAUUAUUACAAUAUUAUACUUUGUCAUUUUAAUUUAAGAUUUCAAACAGAAAGUUAAUAUCAAAGAAAGAUGAGCCAAGGCUUUUACCAACAAGGUCCGACCUAUGGUUCAGCCCCUCCAUAUGGACAACCAGCAGGAGCAUAUGGUCCACCGGCGGGUGGAUACGGUCCUCCAGCAGGGGCUUAUGGUCCUCCAGCAGGGGCUUAUGGUCCACCAGCCGGGGCUUAUGGCCCACCAGCAGGAGCUUAUGGUCCACCAGCCGAUGCUUAUCAGCCACAAAACCAACAACCAACAGUAGUUUAUGUAGAAGAUAGAACCCAAGCAGACAGAGACAGAGAAUCUGCAGAGGACUGUUGUUUGUUAGCUGCAUGCUGUGCAUUGUUAUGUUGCUGUUUUGCUAACAGUUGAUCAUUUAUAAUGAAACUUUAAACAUUUUUUUUCUGUGAAAUCGUGAUAAUUUUGUAACAACAGAGCCAUUCCAUUCAUUACAUUACAGUUGCAUCUACCGACCAAGGAAAAUUACGAUAACAUAACAUUUAGGAGGGUGGGGGUGGGGUUUUCAGAGUACACCAAAAUGAGAUGCUAAAGUAUGAAGAAAAGAUGAUUAUGGGCAAAGAGUAUAUAAACAAUAGAGACCCCCAGCCAGACCCUUAUUUUCCAGCAAAAUAACUGACUCUGAUGGAACAGUAUUACAAGUGCAAUAUUUAUAUUUAUCUGCAUAAUAGUCUUGGUUUGUUUGUAAUUGAAUAGUGAUUAUAAUUGUAACAUGUGUAAAAGAUGUACUGAUUUUAAUGUAUAAUGUUAUAUUA